AUGACGGCCUUCGUUUUAUUAGUUGUUGUCGGUGGGUUUUUGCCGACUGUGCUCGGUGUAGGGUACCAUGGUAAAAGACCCCCUACUCAAGGCGUAUGUUAUUAUGACAACAUCUAUGCUGCUCAUUUCAGCUACAGGAGAGGGAUUUGUGAAGGCCCGUGGGAUUGGUGCAGAAUUCACAAAUGUUGGACAACAUGUGGAUCAGACAGAAGACAAUCCCCAAUCAACAUAGACCCAUAUAGGGCAAAAUGGAGAUCCUAUGGACACCUAGAGCUGAUAAAUUUCAACAGAAGAGUUCCAGCACAUAUAUAUAACAAUGGACACUCUCCGCACUUUGAAGUUAAGGUAGACUACUUCAAGAGGGGCAAUAACAUAAUUUUGAAAAAUGUUCCUGGAAGGCCGAGAUAUAGAGAAUAUAUCUUUGCUCAGCUUGAGGUGCAUAUCGGCCAUGAGGAUGGCAGAGGGUCAGAACACUCAAUUAACCACAGAUUCUACCCAAUGGAGGCCCAACUAGUAUUUUACGACAGUAGAUAUUCAGAUUUAUCCCACGCAAUCUCACAUCCCGACAGUUUGGUAGUCAUGGCCGUUAUGCUCGAGGUAGACAGAGGGUAUUAUAAACCUUUAAAUGACGAUGAUGAUGAUGACGAUGAUGAUGACGACGAUGACGACGAUGACCGUGGGAGAAAAAGAAGAAUAAAAGAUGGCUACCUCGGAUGGAGGUACUACAAAGGGCAAGGAAAGUGCAGAGUUCAGUAUGCACACACUUUAAGUUAUCUUAUGGAGAAAUACUUUCGAAAGAUUAGGAGGCACUGGCCUGUGGUACACAAGCAUUAUUCUGACUACCGACCGAAAGAUUUUCGAUGUGGCAGAAAACCAAGUUAUGACUUCAUUGAUCGCCAUUGUUUCAAAAGAAAGACAUACUAUGAUGACUACGUUCAUGUGAAUUAUGGAAUUUCCCCAGCAGAUGUCCUUCCAUAUGAUCAAAGAUUCUACACGUACGCCGGAUCUUUGACUUCGCCACCUUGCUACGAAACUGUUCAAUGGAUUGUCUUUAAGUGCCCAGUUAGAGUCUCAAGACGGGUCAGUAGAACUUGA